AUGAAGCACAUGGACAAUAGGCGUGGCUCACCGUGACUGCCUGCUCGCUGACAAGCAGCGCUGCAAACGGAUGUCCUCCUGUCCGCCACUAGGGGGAGUCACAGUGCCAGAAAUGUGGGCGCACGGUAGCCCCCAUCGACGCCCCUGAACUGCCGGGACACAGUGACGGAUUGGCAACAAACGAAGACAGAACUUCGCCGAGCGUGCGCUUGUCAUCCACUAUUUAUGCUUCAAACUUCUGGGGGAAUGUGCUUUCUGCUUUUGAAGCCGAGACAUACGCUACUCUAAGGCGAAGAGAAGCUCCGCUCAUCAGACCGCUCCGGCAACUGCUUCAUCUGUCUGUCUGCCUCAUCAACACCACAGUGGAAAACCGAAUUGGAUGACUUUCCUAAAGUGGAGUCACUAAAACCAGAGGCCUUAUCGUCACUCAUCCACUCCCCACAUCCUGAGAGUCUUCGAAAGGACACGGAUUCCAACUUUUCUGGGGAUUUCCAGGUGUUGUGCGAGCCGUUGCUUCCACCCAGCGGCCUGCUGCGGACCCCUGGGGGUGCUCCCUCAACAUGGCUACCAACAGGGAACAGCAGGUGGGCCACAUGACCGGCUUCCCACCUGCUGUCUACCCCUUUGCCUUCAACUCCAUGAGAAGCCACUCCCCCUUCGACCUGCUGGCCAACAGCAGCCUGUUUGGGAGAUUCGGUGCUGACCUACCCAAAGAGAUGGCCGCUCUCUCGGUGGAGACCCAGAGCACCAGCUCAGAGGAGAUGGUACCCAGUUCUCCGUCUCCACCUCCCCCACCUCGUGUCUACAAGCCCUGCUUUGUGUGCCAGGACAAGUCCUCAGGGUACCACUACGGGGUCAGCUCCUGUGAGGGCUGCAAGGGUUUCUUCCGCCGCAGUAUCCAGAAGAACAUGGUGUACACCUGCCACCGAGACAAGAACUGUCAGAUUAACAAGGUCACACGCAACCGCUGCCAGUACUGCAGGCUGCAGAAGUGCUUUGAGGUCGGAAUGUCCAAGGAAGCGGUUCGCAAUGACAGAAACAAGAAGAAGAAGGAUGUGAAGGAGGAGUUGGUGCUUCCAGAGAGCUAUGAGCUAAGUGGAGAGCUAGAAGAGUUGGUCAAUAAAGUCAGCAAAGCUCACCAAGAAACCUUCCCGUCACUUUGCCAAUUGGGCAAAUACACCACCAACUCCAGCUCAGACCACCGGGUUCAGCUGGAUCUGGGUUUAUGGGACAAGUUCAGCGAGCUCUCAACCAAAUGCAUCAUCAAGAUUGUGGAGUUCGCCAAGCGGCUGCCGGGUUUCACCACCCUCACCAUCGCUGACCAAAUCACUCUACUGAAGUCGGCCUGCUUGGACAUACUGAUGCUGAGGAUCUGCACACGCUACACCCCAGAACAGGACACUAUGACCUUCUCAGACGGCCUGACUCUGAACCGGACUCAGAUGCACAACGCCGGCUUCGGACCUCUCACAGAUCUGGUGUUUGCCUUUGCUGGCCAGCUUCUACCCCUGGAGAUGGACGACACAGAGACCGGCCUCCUCAGCGCCAUCUGCCUCAUCUGUGGAGACCGUAUGGAUCUGGAGGAGCCACAGAAAGUGGAUAAGCUACAAGAGCCUCUCCUCGAGGCUCUGAAGAUCUACGCUCGUCGCCGACGCCCCAACAAACCUCACAUGUUCCCCCGCAUGCUGAUGAAGAUCACUGACCUCAGGGGAAUCAGCACUAAGGGUGCAGAGAGAGCAAUCACUCUGAAGAUGGAGAUCCCAGGGCCGAUGCCUCCUUUGAUCAGGGAGAUGCUCGAGAACCCGGAGGCCUUCGAAGACCAAACAGAGGGCAAAGAGAGCCCGCCGCCUCCACCACCGCCGCCGCCACCUCCACCACCAGCCCAGGUCAAGCAGGAGGCUGAGGAUGAAGACGACAGCUGGGCCACAGAGAACGGCAGCGAGCCGUCGCCGGAGGAGGAGGAUGAAGACGACGACGACGUGGGGGAUGAAGAUCGAGACAGGGGCUCGGACAGUGAUGGGGAGCCCUGGGGGGUUCUGGAUGCCAUAGAUGGGCCGAGGAAAGGCCUUGUUGGGAGGGCGCAGUGAACAAAGCAUUUCAUACAGACACACAUGCACAUACAGCUUCAAACACACACACACAAAACAUACAUACACAAAGACAUACAACACAACCUCACUCAUUCUCCCACCUCAACAAAAUGCUGGCCUUCCCUCCCCCUUUCUCUCUCCUUACUGCACAUCACUGUGUCCUCCACAGCGGAGCACAGCAGAGCCUUAUGUGUACAGACACUUCUAACUCAGGCCACAUGGUCCAUGACAAGUGAACUACAGAAAACUAAAGUCAAGGAGAGAUGACAGUCAACCAUAUGAACUCCUGGCGUAGCCCAGAGGGAAGUUAACGUGACAAAAAGAACAGAACCUCUUUGAGACAGCUAAACCUCUCUUUUUCCCCAUUAUUGUUGUUUAUAUCUAAAUAGGGGAACGGCCAAACCAGUCAACAGAACUGAGCAGUUGAUUCCAACGGAUCACAACAAGCACAUUUCUCAAAAGACAACAAGAUUACAGGGCAAAACCAAAUCGAGUAUGCUAAUCUUUUUGUUCUUGUGGUUAUUGCUUUUGAAUAUUGUUUUCAGUUUUACUUUUUUUUUUUUCAAUUUAUGAAUAAGUCCAUACAUAUCUAUAUACCAUUAUAUUUUUGUCUUUACUUGUUAUUCUGGUUUUAUAUAUGAAUUUCUUUUAGACAAGUUUUCUCUUUGAAGAGCUUUCCUGAGAAGAUAUUCCGAGGGAAAGAAGGGUAAUCAGAACUGGCUGGGUCUUUCUUAUCAGCUACAUAUGCUUAGCUGGGGCUUUUUUGGGCACUCACUGUGGAUGUCAAUGAUAAUCAACCCAGAGGACUAUUGUUAUGUUGCAGUGACUUAAUCAGUUUCUGUUAUCAGGGAAUUGGCAUUAUUCUAUUUUGCUCUCGUUGCAGCCAACUAAUGCUGCCAAUGCGGAAAGUAAGUAUCUUUGUGCCAAAGUUAGUAAAAAGUCAUCUUUGGAGCAUGAGUUUGACUACUGGCAGGGACUCCAGCCACGAUCCAGCGAUCCUCACAGCAGGGCACUCACUCACACAUGCACUAGCACACCCUCAUUAUUCCACACACAAGUGCAUACACACACACUCCGCUCGCUCCACCCUCAGCUGCAGCAGGUGUGCCGACCUGGCAUGGAGUGCCCGGACAGAGAUUUUUACACUUGACCGUAUAUGUAGCACUUUUGUGAUCCUCUAUUCAAGUAAGGCACAUCUCAUCUGCUGAAAGUAGAGCUACUUAAAUCUCCGUUAGCAUGUCCCAACUGAUGACGGCAUCAGCAUAUAGAAAACAAUCAACCUUAGAGCACUCCCCGAUGAUGUCAGUAGACGAAUGCACACUUUCAGCACAGACAAAAAAGCUUCCACACAUAGUAGCAACAUCAUGCAUCAACACAAAGACAUAUGCAAGUUGAAAGCAGGAAUCUUUAUGGAAGACAUAUUGGAAUCAGACUCAGGGCUUUUCAGUAAGGACCAAACCCUAGCUGCUUUCAGGCACGCUAGAAACAGGCAAUAUUUAUGUGUGUAUUCUUGACUCCGUUUUUUGAUCAGCUCAACCCCUCUGCGUGUACAUAGAAGGUGACAAGUCUGAGAAACAGCAUGGGUGCCAGUGUGACUCUCGCAGAGGGGGGACAAAUCAUCAUCGACAUUGCCGCUGCCCCUCCUGUGCUCGCACUGGCAUCCAUGCAGCAAACUGCCUUCUCAUCCCAAAAGCCAUUAUAUCAUCUUGUCUUCUUGUGUAUAUCCUCACUUCUCUUUAAAGGAGCUGUGCAGGAUUAUGUGUUCUCAUGUAUCAUUUCUUUAUUGCCAAAAUGUCUCAGUAGGCGAUCAGCUGGGAGAGCGCAGCUGAUCUACAGUACAGAGGGUUUUUUCUGUCUCUCUUCGAAGCAAUAUGAACAUUCUUUCUGUAGCGGUGAGAAGUCCCAUUUUCUGAACAUGGGCAGCUCUCCUCAGUUUGUGUGAAUGUGUGUGCGUGUGAGCGUGUGUGUGUGUGUGUGUGUGUGUGUGUGUGUGUGUGUGUGUGUGUGUAUGUGUGUGCUUGAACAUGUUUUUGAGUCAUUGGGUGAAUGUCCUCAGCACGGUGCUGUCACACAUCUCUUGUGUGAUGACCUCAUCCCUUCUCUCUCUCUCUGCCAGACUGUCAUGAUGUUAGAGACGGUUAUGCAGGCAGAACAUUGAGAUUAUGUUGUUUCAUGUUUUUGUUUUUCAAAAUGGCCAAGGUGUUGUCUACCCUCUGUUUAUGUCAACUCUUGUCAUACAAAGAAAAGCCAUAUAAACAGUAAGAGGCACAAUAAACUACUUUUGUGA